AUGUUCUUGGAAUCAAAGAUCACAAUGUUAUUAACUAUAGCCCUGAAUUACCCAAUAGUUCUAUUCAAAUAUAAUGAUGAUUGCUGCAGUACAAUGGAAGAAAUGUAUAGUAAGAAUACUGUUUCUAUUACAGAAGUUAAUAUCACUGAUGAAAUAUUAACCAUCCCUGCAUAUAAAUUAGACAUUUUCUUUACUGGAGAUUUGUUUACACCAGAAAAGAGGUUUAAAUCUCUAUAUUGGUUUGUAAUAAACCAAAAGCAGAUUUAAAAGCAUUGCCUAAGAAUUCUAUGAAUGUGUAUCCCUUAAAGGUAAGUAUUAAAUGUUCAUUUAAUGAAAGAAAUAAAAUGAAAAAAAUGAUAUGUUAUAAAAAGUGUACUUUUGUGGAAGGAACCUGUAGUUUGAAGGAUGAAGAAUUAGAAAAAUUGUUGAUGAUAAAGUACAAAAUAAUGUUGUUAUUUCAAAUGAAAUAAAUGUUUUUUUUCAUGAGAAAUUUGAAACUGUAAAUAACUCUUGUGUAUUGACAAUCAAAAAUAAAAAUAUCACCAUAAAAGGUUUAAUGUGUUAUGGUAUUUGUUGACAUGAAUCUUGUAAACAGUUUAAACUUGUGGUAGAAAACACAACUGGUAAUUUGUUACAAAUGACAGUUUUGAGUAACAGUUACAAUUAUAGCCACUAUGGUAAACUGACUGCAUUUUUGAAAGGAAAAAAAUCGAGAAAAACAUAAACAAAUGUUAAAGUACUGCCCACUGAUGAGUUUGACAAAAAAUAUAUUUUAAAAACUUCUCCUAGUAAACUAAAACGUAGUAACUUGUGCAACAUCAAGUCCAAUUGUGUAUAUUAUAAAGUAUCUCACAAGCAAAAGAAUCUUGAUGAUCAAGUGGCUGCUGAUAAGAUUGAUAUGCAUUUAUUAAAAGAAACUUGUUCAGAAUUCAUUCAAUGUGUAUCUGAUCCAAAGGAAAAAGAUUUUGAAACUUAUUUAUUUAUCUCAGUCAGAUUUAUUUUUAAAAAGUGUUAUAAUUGUAAAUCGGAGCGAAAUUAAUGGUAGUAAAGUUGUACACAGAAAAACAAGGCCAUAAUAUUUUUCUAAUAAUAUCUACAUUUAGUACAUUUUCCAUUUUUCUGACAUUCUAUUCCGGUUUUUCCGGUUAUUAUGAAAACCUAUUAAAAAAUCACAAAAAUGACCUCUCCUAAACCAUAGAAAUAUAAUUUUCUUUCAGAAAAUAAUUUAUACUCAAUUCAUGGUAGCAAGAUUUCUAAUAGAAAUAUCUAGGUAUCUUAGUACACAUAAAAUGCAUUUGAUUUUCCCCUAUUUAAAUAAAAAGGAAAAAAAAAAGUACAGAAAAUUUCUUUUCAAACAUCGAUUUUGAACCCAAGACCCAUAUAUUAUGACAAUAUGUAUCCAUGAACAUUCGACUACAACAAACAUAUAAUAAAGUAGACAAUAUAGUUAUUUAACAUAAACAUGUAAUAUCUGCAUAAUAUAUGAACUUCAAAAAGCUGAAAUUUCAAAACUUAGUAAUUUCUCUCAAUUCUGACUUUACCAUCCUUCUUAAAUCGGCAAUACACAAAUGUUCGAAAAAGAAAUUGAAAAAUUAGAUUUGUUCCAUAUAACUUUUCAACAAAAUUGAAACAAUUAGUUCUUAAAAUGUAUUGGGGAAAAAAAUAACAAGAAAUUGUUAUAGUAAAAUAAUUAUUGUUGUUUAUAAAUUACUUUCUAUAAAAGUUAAUACAAUUACCAUAAACUAUUCACUACAUUGAUAAUGUCAUUGAAGAUAGGUCAUAAUCAUAUUUUAAUGGAUUCAUAUUUAAAACAUGUAACAUAUUGAGCCUCACUAAUUGAAGUUUAAAUUUGUUAAGACAAUAGUAAAAACUAAACUUUAAAUUUAACUUACUUUUUAUAAUUUGUGGGAAAUUUAUGAAAUGUCAAUUCCGGAUUUUUCUUGCUAUUGUUUUUACAGUUCCAAAAACAACAACUCUUGUAUGAAUUAAUUUUAUAAUGGUAGGUAUAAAAAACAGAACGCUUCAAACACAAAAUAUUAAGAGAAAAAUAAACAUAAGGAGAGAUUAACAAAAUGUCCAAAGAUUUAUAUAAUACUAUCCUUCACACUAUAAUUAAUAAAUUUACCGUUGGGCGCGUUUGAAGUUUUAUUCCAUUUACGGCGUGUUUUGUGGUCGAGCGAUAGGCCAACGGCGAGUGGAGCGGAAGGUGAAGUUUGGGCUUAGGUCAGUGGUGCAGCCUAGCAAUCGGCAGCCAGCACGGUAAUAUAUGCUUAUCAGGAUGACGUGUUAAUAUCACACGGUAACAGACGGUAUCAAUGAUAAUUGUUAUCAGUAAUACACGUUUAUAAUUUGAGCAUACACUCAUAAUAAUAAUAUUAACAUUGAAAUCGAAUAGUUUAAAAUAUCUCCCAAAUUGUAAGGAGCAAAAACUUGUAUGCAUAUGAGUUCUGAACAGGUUGCAAUAGCUUCUUCAAUAUGGCCAAUUUAUUUAACAUUUCAAGAAUCAAUACUAAAAAACAACUAAGACUCCAGAUAUAUCUGUGAUCUUAGUCAAGAACAUUCUGAAUAUAGUGAAUCACUUUUCUCAACUCAAUAUGCACAGGUGAAAUAACAUCUUAUCUCAAUAAUGGUCAAGAAAAUUUAAACUAACAGCAGUGAUGAAGAAUCUUCAUAUGUUAAUGCAGAUGACACUUCCGUAGACAAAAUAUUGAGUCAUUUAGAAAAUCACUUAAAAGGUGCAAUUAAAACACCAUUUUUCACAAUAUUUUAGUAGAGUAAUUUAACUAUUUUUGUACAGUAGUUUAUAAUUAAUACUGGUAUUAAACCAUAAGACGGGACAAAGUGGGGCCUUCUUUUUUUAACGCUUUUUUAAAAUACCAUGUGGAUUAUUAAUUCAAAUGACUGCAACUUAAAAUAUACAAAAUAGACAUAUGAAUACAAUUUUUAACUUUUUAUGUGUUUUCAAUUGUUUUUUAUUUUACACUAAAAAAUAGUCCAUCCACUUUACUUAUUAGGAUGAAGUUGAUGCUUGCAAUUUUCAUUAAAAAAUCAUUUAAUUCCAUUAGAAUUCAGAAUACAUACAUUUAAGUUAAAUCACAAUUUUAGAUUCUGAACUGAGCAAGGAAUGUAUUGGUUUUAUAAUGAUGAUUAUUACUUAAAAUAUUUAAUUAUAGACACUUUAAUUUUGAGAGAUUUGUAUAUAAAUAUUAUUUGGUAGGUACCCAGCAGAUAAAAUUAUAAGACUAAACAGAAAUGAUUGAUAAUACUUUAUUUACUGCUCACCUAUAACAGUGUUACACCUGUUUCCACCAUCAUCUCUUUUAAAUUCUGAAUGAAUCGAGGAAUAUAUUGGUUUUAAAAUAAGGUUAAUUUAUUUUAUUUUUAUCUGUGAACAACUUUUCUACCAGAAAUCUUACUCAGAUUUUCAAAUGAUACACAUUUUCUGAAAUGAAAUUUUAGAUCAUAUAUUGAUUUUUUAAGAAGUUUUCAUAAUAAUUAUUUGAAAAAUUGUUUAAAAUAUAGGUACUUAUUGGUAUUUGAACAUACAGAUACCCGCCUUAGAAAAUAUUCUUUCACACGGAACUGAUGUUGCAAGUACACAAAGACAUUUUUUCAUAAGUUCAAAUAAACAUGGAUAAACAUUUUGAUUGUCCUUUCACCAUUUCAAAGGACUUUCAUGCCUUGAUAUUAAUUCUUCUUGAAGGUACUUAUCAAUUUGAACAAUAGCUGCAGAAGUUGGAUUUGUAGAUCUCAACUGACUACUUACCACUUCAUCAAAUUUAUUCCAAAUAGAAUCUCCUCCCAAAAUUGAAAUUUGAUUUGAUAUAACCGGCUGUACAUUAUUUAAAUUUCCAAUAUUUACUACAGUAGCUCUACUAAUUAAUAUUUUUUUUUUUUUUUUCAGAAAAUGAACUGGUGUUGAAGAAUCCAUAUUUUUUGAAUCUCGGGUCGAGUAUUGUAGCUUCAGCAUAA